UAGUCAACCACCAAAGGCUCAACUGUCAAUCAGUCAAGAUAGCACCCUAUAUAGUCACACAGCCAAUACUGCCGUUCCAUGGUAUAAUGAUUUUUUUUAAAACUGGGUGGUUGAGCUGACUAUUCCUUUAGGGGUAGCCGCUAAGGUACGGAGCAGGCCAAAGUCAAACUGGACUCCCUGUAUCCAAGAAUUCGGGUGUUUUUCGUACUGUGGGGGGGAAAAUAUUAUUAAAAAGUCUCGCUUGUGGGCGUCUUUUAUACCAUGUCGAAAUCUCUUUCGAAAUGGCGUGCGCGCGCUUGCUCUCGCCCCCGCUGAUAAAAUGUCACUUUUCCCCUUCUUGUCCAGCUGUGGUUGGGACAGGACGUCUCUGGCUUGACGAAGAGAAGUGGCUACUGUCAUUCGUCUCCUAUUCUCUGACGGUGUGAGAGCAAUACCGCAUCUAAUGAGUGACCCAGAGAUUGUUUCUUCCCAUGGAGAAGGACUAGGCCAUGGCUGGGGAGAAAAGGGCAGAGCGAACUCGACCCAGAUCGUGACCGAUGAGGAGGAUCGCAACCUAACCCGCGGGUUAGCUCAACGCCAUAUUCAAUUAAUCGCGAUAGCUGGUGCUAUAGGAACCGGAUUAUUCCUCGGAUUGGGCUCCUCAAUCGCAACUGGAGGCCCCCUUGGUUCGCUUCUCGGGUACAUCUUCGUCGGCGCCAUUGUUUGCGCCAUUCAGUUCGCAUUAGGAGAAGUCUCUGCGUUCUUUCCCGUGACUGGAUCCUUUGUUCGCCAUGCGGAGAUCUUGAUCGACCCAGCGUAUGGGUUUGCCAUCGGAUGGAACGUGGUCUAUGGCGCCUUCGUCAGCGUGCCCAGUGAAAUCUCCGCUGCGGUGGUGCUGAUCCAGUACUGGACGGAUUUAAACGCAGCGAUCUGGAUUUCAAUCCUGUUAGUGAUAUCGGCGGUUGUCGCUUUCCUCUUUGUGAGAGUCUACGGUGAGGUCGAGUUUGCUCUGGCAAUUCUCAAGAUUCUCCUCGUCGUCGGUGUGAUUUUGAUGGGUCUGGUAAUCGAUCUGGGCGGCGUCUCCGGCCAACCGCGUCUCGGAUUUCACUAUUGGAAGGACCCCGGUCCCUUUGUCGAGUACAUUGCGACUGGCUCGUGGGGCCGAUUCCUGGGUUUCUGGGCUGUCCUAACCAACGCCGUCUACUCCUUUUCCGGCGUGGAGAGCCUGGCUAUGGCCGCAGCAGAAACACAAAAUCCUCGUUAUAAUAUUCCCAAGGCCUGCAAGAAAGUCUUUAUUCGUAUCACCCUUUUCUACCUCUUGGCCGUGUUGAUAGUGGGCAUGCUGGUCAGCAGCCAAGAUCAACGCCUGAACGACGAGAGCGGUACUGCAGCCCAGAGUCCCUUCGUGAUUGCCGCAUCAGACGCCGGUAUCAAGGCCGUGCCGCACAUUAUUAACGCUGUCGUACUGAGCUCUGCGUUCUCCGCGGGCAACCAGAGUAUCCUAGCCGGAACUCGCACUCUGUAUGGUCUGGCCAUCAAGGGCCACGCCCCCAAGAUAUUCCUCCGGACCACAUCCUGGGGUGUGCCUUAUAUGUGUGUCGCCUUGCAAAUUGCCUUUUCAUGCCUUGCCUACCUUACUGUUUCCAACACCGCUCUGACAGUGUUCUACUGGCUGCUUGAUCUGACCGCUGCGGGGGUGCUGGUAUCCUGGGGGACGAUUGCCUUCAACCAUAUCCGCUUACUGCAGGCGUUCAAGAAACAGGGGAUUUCUCCUACGGAGCUCCCAUGGCACAACUGGUGGACCAUUUACUCAUCCUGGGCCGCUUUGGUCUCCUGCAUUAUCCUCCUCCUCACCGGUGGUUUUACUGUCUUCACCCGCGGAAAAUGGGAUCCCGCCAACUUUGUCGCUUCUUACCUUGAUAUCCCCCUAGUCAUCCUGGCAUACCUGGGCUACAAAAUGAUCCGGCGCACCAAGUUCGUCUCUCUGGAAGAGAUCCCGCUGCGCCAGGGCCUCGAAGAAGCACGUAACGACCCCCAUAACUGCCCUCCCCCUAGCAGUAAGUGGUCACGGUUGAAUAUUCUGUGGGGAUAAGUUUGGUUCGGUUGUGCAAGGUGGCUGAAAAAAUCCACUAUACUAGUACGUAUAAAUAUUAAAUAAUGUAACGUUAAUAAU